AUGGCUCAGGUGCUCUCGUCGCGGCCCGAGGGCUCGCCGUUCCACUCCGCAAUGCGCUCGCCAUCCUCGUCCUCUCUCUUCGGAGACAACUACGCCCUCCGCAGGAAUCAGAACUCGCUGCCCGACCUCCGCAUACACUCUCCCAGCUCCUCGCGCACAUCCUCGCUCCGAUCCACCCCGUCCAGCAGUCUGUCCCUCGACACCAGGUCCGACGAAUCCAGCAGCGAAGACGACAGCCUCUGUCUCCCCAACUACGGCUCUGCAGGCCGCUACCGAAAGCCAAUCGCCUAUCACAUCGAGUCUGCGAGUCUCGCGCCCACUGCAUACUUGCCGCGGACGCCUUCACCCUCGCCCGUAGAUGCAUUCUCCUCAGAUACCCCUUUGACGACACCCGAUCCCCUUCCCAUGUCCGAGGAUGACACGGCCGUGCGGAAAGAGCCCUCGCACCACGUGGACUACCUGUCCUACGAUUGGCGCGAGGAGGAUAUUUGGUCGUCAUGGCGGCACAUUGUCGAGCACCGCAGCAUCUACGGCGAGCGGUCAAGGCUAGAAAACGCAUCGUGGCGAACGUGGGCCAAGUCCCAGUUUAAAUUGAAGACGGUGUCGCCCGAGACGCUCAAUUGGCUGAAGGACGUCGACGUGACCUGGCUGUAUGGCCCAAUGCAACCAGCAUCGAACAGGUUCAGCUCACAGCAGAAUUCUGAGCCCGCUAGCCGGUUAUCAAAAACAAAUUCUUUUGUUCAUGGCGUCAAGAAGCCAAUCCUCAAGAAGCGGAGCAUGUCCGAGGCGAUGCUGCAAAAGUCACUAUCGUCGUCAUCGCUCGUAAAACAAGCUGCCGAGUCGAUCCAGGCACAGCAAACCACUGGUGUGACGUUGGAUCUGCGAAAGCCACGACCAAUUAUCGGCAGGGUGACGCCCGACUUCCCAACAUCAUCGACCACGUCGCGCGGAACCUUCUGGGAGCCAACUGACUAUUUCUCGUCCAAGUCGACGUCUGGUCUGCACACACCUAGCGAAGGCGAGAAGAGGCACAUUCGUUUUGACGACAAGGUCGAGCAGUGCAUCGCCCUCGAGUGCAAAGAGGGAGAUGACGACGAGGAAGAUUUCAACCGUAAUCCCUGGGCAAAAGAUGAUGAAGACUCGUCUUCAGACGAGGGAGUCGUGAUGAUGAAACGUGCACGUCGCCGGAAGCCAUUGUCUCGAACCAAUUCGAAGACCAGCGUUAGCACCACCGACAACAAGACGAUUGCAAAACUGCCGUCCACUACACUAAAGUACAGGACAGACUCUCCGGAUGUCACUGCAGAAUCGAAAGCACAGUCCGCUUUCUGGAAGUCAAGUAGACUGUCCCCAUCACCAUCGUCAGAGACUCUCAAGCCAUCAUGUCCUUCGAGGAACUUUCUCCUUGCCGAGGACGAUGACGAAGAGAGCGACGACUAUUUUCAUUCAUCGGAGGAGCGACCCAGUACCCCAACGGCGGCCAAUCCAUAUGCGGACCGCCGAGGAGCCGGAGGACUUCGACGAACUGAGUCAGGCAUGUUCAUGCCAUUUGAAGAAAACGAGGAGGAGCUUCCACCGCCCGGCUUUAUCGGCAAAAUAGUCGACACAGUCAACACUGCGCGAGACAUUGCGACGGUAGUGUGGAACGCUGGGUGGGGAGGAGAAUAG